GCUAGUAUUGGAUAUGUAUUACUUAAGUUUCUAAAUAAUACUGUUAGAAGAUUACGAGUGAUGUAUUCGUUCGAAGGAGAUUUUCGGCGGAAGCCUCAGCAGAACCUGGCAGGAGCGAGUGCCCAGAGAAAAACUGACAGAGACAGUUUGAUUCAACAGUCGCAACAACAAAGGCAGAAACGAGAGGAACACAGAAGACGCCUUUGCAGUGCUAUUAAGAUCCAAGCAUAUGUGAGGAGUUACCUCACAAGGAAACAUAUUAAGCAGAAUGAAAGGGAUCAAUUUGAUAAUAUCUUCCCUAGAGCUAAUUUCGAAGAUCAGGAAUUGGUCUCUGAGUUGGUUGCUAAACUACUCUUCUUUUAUGAUGCUGAGAUGGAUACUUCAAGAUUGGUUUCUGUGUCACAGUUGUUGCUAAAGCAAUGGAAAAAAGUAUUUCAAACUAUUGGCUCAGCAAUACAGAUAAGAAGGAUGCUCGCUUAUCAUUUACGCUUAUUGAGAAAUGAAGAGGUACCCAUUGCUGUGCCCCUGAGAAUGUUUGAAGUUUUCACAUCUACAAGUUCCGCAGAAGCUGCAAUGAGUUGUGAUGAAGCAUUUAACUGCAUAGCAAAAACAUUUUUGUACCUUGUCAAACGAGGAUAUUUCAAUGACCUCCGUGAGUUAAUUUGCCAACGAACGCCGCCGCUGUAUGGACCAUCUCCGAACCCACCCACGCCACUAUGUGGAGCCCUGCUCGACCUCAUUCACCGGCCACUCAGUCUCACUACCCACGUCAAUGUUUACGGCUAUGACGAUGUUGUCAUGUCGGAGUUUGCAUCAUCAUUCCUCUGUCAUCCGUACAUUGAGCCUGUGGAAAUGUACGUGAUCCCGGCUCUAGGACAGAAUGCGAAGAAGUUCCCUUUCUUGGCGCUGAUACGGGCGUUGCAGGAUGAGAACAAGUUUUGUUGCAGAAAAUUAAGCAAUGACUCCUGGUUACUUCAUUCUGUAUUGGCUUUAGAACCUCCUGAUUUUGCCAACGAAAUCCGAAACUUGAACAACAUAAGACUGCCAAACAAUCCUAUAGCGUUAGAAUACCUCAAAAUUAUAGCUAAGUUAACAGUAAAUGUGUGUAAUAAACAAAUAAACUACGAAUACGAAGACUCGUUAUACAGUCAAGAGACAGCGGCGGAUAAAGACGAUGAUAGUGACACUGAGACUGAACCAAACCCGACAUCAGUGAGGGAACAAAUGUUACUAACUAGAUGUAUAGAAAUACUAAAUGAACCGGAUCAUUGUAUAAUGGUCACGUGCGCUCAAAUUACAGAGAAUGAUUUGAGCGAUGAAUUUUUGGACUGCUUGUCGGAGAUAUGUCACAAUUUAUUAUUGAGCCAUCGAAUGGCUUUGCAUAAGUACAGAUUAUUAUACACUCUGGCGUUUAAACCAGUUUUUCUACGUGGUCUAUGGAGAUGGCUAAGUAACAUGACGUACGAGUCCUCAUUCGGCGGAUCCGCCACUCCGCUGAUAUCCGCGUUAUCACGAGGCUUAGGGGCUGAGGCUUCUGUACUAGGAGUGCAUAGGCUACUAGCACCAUUGGCUGUCUUCUGUGCACUGUUCUCAUUGUUGAUUGGGACGCUACACGAUACAGAGUUCUGUAGAGAUACCGAUGAGGAUGAAAAGAUGAGUCUGACAAGUGUAACCGGUGGCACAACAGGGACGGGUGGUCGCGUUCACGCAUUCGAGUUCUCAGAACUGGGCGGUCUGUGCCGCACGCUGCGUCAGGUGUGCCUUGGCCUCGUUGAGCUUGCGUACCCCGAAACGCGGCCCGCUGUGUGUGGACAGUAUAAAGACGCGGUUGGGAAUUCGCAGAUAGAGCUGUCGGGGAAGAAUCGAACGCCUGCGUGGUCGCAUUUAUUCAAGGUAUGCACGCAUCUGCUGCGCGCGCUGUACGUGCGCGACUCGCGGCUGCAGUUCUGCGCGGGCUGGCAGUGGCCGGUCGCAGGUGCCGUGCCGGAGGGCGCCGCAGCCGUAGCCAUUGUGGCCGGCACGCACGUGCGCCCCAACCCCCGGCAGCUGCGUCGUCCUCCUAACCUCUCUGCGGCAAUGGCGCUCUCGCAUGACGAAGGCCCUCCACUAACUAUCAAAGAAUUGCGAACUGUAACAAUACUGAGAGAAAUACCUUUCGUUGUUCCUUUUUCGACGCGAGUGCUCAUCUUCCAAGGACUUCUUGUUAGGGAAAAACACGACCAUUGGUAUGAGUUUACUAACUUCAACGAGGGUCCUUCGAUAAACAUUAGCGUUCGACGGACGCAUUUGUAUGAAGACGCCUUUGAUAAACUUAGUCCGGAUAAUGAGCCCGAUUUAAAGCUAAAACUACGUGUACAAUUAAUUAAUCAAGCGGGCGCCGAGGAAGCCGGCGUAGACGGUGGUGGACUGUUUAGGGAAUUUCUAUCGGAGUUAUUGAAAUCGGCAUUCGACCCAAACCGAGGUUUGUUUAGACUAACAAAGGACAAUAUGCUGUACCCGAAUCCUGGCGUGCAUUUAUUAUACGACGAUUUUCCCAUGCACUACUAUUUUAUAGGCAGGAUGUUGGGAAAGGCAUUAUACGAGAAUCUCCUAGUAGAGUUACCCCUAGCAGAAUUUUUCCUCGGCAAGCUAUGUUCGUCGAGGGAGCCAGAUGUCCACGCCCUCGCGUCUCUCGACCCUGCCCUUUACAGAGGGCUGCUGAUGCUCAAAUCGCACAGAAGACAGGAUGUCCCGGACUUAGGUCUGGACUUUACGAUAGUCAGUGAUGAACUUGGCGAACAACGGGUAAGAAUAUUGUGGAUACGAAAAGUGGAAAAACCAAACACGACCAGAACCAAAAUUAAAAUUAUACAGCAGUAG